AUGGUGGCUAUCCUCGGAGCUACCUUCCUAGGCGUAGCGUUUCUGGGAUUGUUGGCGUGUGUUGGAGCGCGGAAUGAGGUGUUUGGGGGUCCGGGGGGUGGGUGGGUUGUCACGAAGGAUUCUGAUGGUGGUGCUAUCGCCGAUGGUGUCCCCGGUAGGCGGGAUAUAUUCGCGGUGGCGAGUGGAGGUGCGGCGGGUGGAGGUACGGCUGGUGGAGCGCAGGGUGUAGGAGAGGAGGAAGACGGGUUUACGGCUAGGAAACUGUACCUCAUAGUCAUCUUCAUCGGCCUACUUUUUACCACCGACGGGGGCGGCGACCACACGACUGACGACGACGACGAGGACAACGACUGCAGUACACUCUUUAGCACUCCAGACAACGACAAUAACCACAAGAACAAGCACCACAGCGAGAUACCAUGGUCCGUGUCCACCUCCCUCUCCCAGGCUCCGCUGCUGACCGUUUUUGAAUGUGACUACGAACGGACGAACGAACAGACAGUCUGCAAUGAAUGCGGUGGUAGUGUUAUCGAGUACGACCAUGCCGCAGGCAAUGGGUUCUGCAUCCAAUGCGGCACCGUCGUCGAAGAAAACUUGAUCGUGAACGAGAUUGUGUUCGGCGAGACGUCCAAUGGGGCGGCUAUAGUCCAGGGCUCGUUCGUAGCACAAGGCGCCACUCACGCGAGGAUGAGUGGUCCGUAUGGUAACCGAGGAAGUACCGAGUCGAGGGAACAGACUAUCGCCAACGCGAACAAAAAGAUCCAGAGUAUAGCCAACGUCCUACGGCUCAACGAAACCGUCUGUCUAGCAGCGACCCGGCUCUACACCCUCGCCGUCGAACACAAGUUCACCAAAGGCCGCAAGAGCCUCAACGUCGUCGCAGUCUGCCUCUACGUCGCCUGCCGCCAAAAAGAAACCAAAACCUACAUGCUCAUCGACUUUUCGGACCUCCUGCAGGUCAACGUCUUCGAGCUCGGGCAUACCUACCUCCAGCUCGUCCAGACGCUCAACCUGCGCCUCCCACUCGUUGAUCCGUCGCAUUACAUCUCAAGGUUCGCGGCGCUGUUGGAGUUCGGGGAUGAGACGCACAAGGUGGCGACGGAUGCGGUGCGGCUGGUGCAGAGGUUUGAUAGAGACUGGAUGACCCGUGGACGGAGGCCUGCCGGUAUCUGCGGCGCUGCGCUCCUCCUUGCAGCCCGCAUGAACAAUUUCAGGAGGUCCGUGGAGGAGAUUGUGCAGGUGGUCAAGAUCGCGGAUACGACACUCAAGAAGCGGCUCGACGAGUUCAAGGCGACGCCCAGCGGGAGCCUGACGCUCGCGGACUUUAGGAACGUGUGGCUGGAGGACGAGAUGGACCCGCCUGCGUUCACGAAGGGGCGGGAGAAGGAGGAGGCGGAGAGAUUGGCGAGGGAGAGGGAGGAGAAUGGGGAGGUGGAGGUGGAGGAGCCGAAGAAGGGCAAGAAGAAGAAGGCGGGAAAGAGUAGGAAGGGGAAGAGGAAGCGUGGGGAUGAGGAGGAAGAGCUGGAGGAGGUUACGCCGGCCCCGCAGGUACCACAACCUUUCGACCCGAGUCUGAUACCCAACGGUAUCCUCGAAGGCGCUAUCCAACCCGAAAUCGACCUGAGUAACAUCGACCCUGUUUUACUCCAACAAGACGCCGCCGCCGCCGCCGCCGUUCCUCCGCUAACCCCUUCCCCAACAUCCACGUUACCACCCCCACCAUCCACCUCCGAGCUCGAAGAAACGAUCUCGAACGAACUGGCGGAGGAGGUUCAAGAGUUUCUGCAGAAUGAUACAGGGACGAAGCUGUCGGAGGCGUUGGAUGCGGCGGAGCAGGCGAGGUUGGCGAAUAUUACUGCUGGAGAUGAGCUGAGCGGGUUGGAUGAGGAAGAGUUGGAUAGGUUUAUCCUAAGCGAGCAGGAGGUGAAAAUAAAGGAACGGGUGUGGGUCGAGUUGAAUCGGGAAUACCUCGAAGCAUUAGCUGCUAAAGGUGAUCAGACGGAACCCGCUACCAAGAGUCGCAAGCGCCGAAAAACCAACAACAAACCCCGCGACGCGUCCACACCCGCAGGCGGAACUGCCGCUGAAUCCGUGCGCAACCUGAUCAAGAAGAACCCAAAGUAUAGUAAGAGGAUUAAUUAUGAUGCGUUGAAGGAUUUGUUUGUGGAUGGGGGGCCUGCGUCUUCUGCGUUUGGUGCUCGGGGUGGGGGUGUGUCUGCGUAUGGUGGUAGAAACGGUGCAUCGGCGUACGGUAACGGUCACGGUCACGGUAUUGGUGGAGGUAUUGGUGGCGGUAUGAGGAAUCCGGGAGCAGAUGCGGACGAUAAAGACGACGAGGGAGGGGAGGGUCUUAUUGCCUUCGACGAUGAUAAGGAGGAACCUGGGGAGGGUGGGUUGGUUAUUAUUGAUGAAGGCGUGGCGAGUGUGGUUGGGCCUCCUGGGGUUGCUGGUGCUGGUGCUGGUGCUACUAUUGCCAACGGGGCGAAUGGUGACUUGGAUGCGGAUGCGGACGGGGAUGAGGAUGGGAGUGAUGAUGAGAAGGAUGAUGAGGGUGAUGUUGGGGGGUGGGAGGAUGCGUGGGAGCAGGAGGUGUAG